CCAUGGAGACGCGGCCCCGCGGCCUGCUGGGGCCGGUAGUUCGCGCCGGGGCCCGGGCCCGGCGGGUUCAGCGGGCGGGCAGCGGAGGCAGCCUGCUAAAGCAGAUAUACCUGUUCGAGUGUCAAGGUGUGGAUCAUGGGAGAACAACUGUUAAACAACAGUAUCCUUGAUCAAUUUAUUAAUAGCCAUGAGCAGUCAUAUGAAGAAUUUCUAAAUACAUUCACUUAUCUUUUGAAAGAGGAAAGGGGGAAGACAAUUCAAGGAAGCAAAGUGGACUCCUUAAGAAAAACAGUUUCUACUUCUGAAUUAUCAAACAGAGAUAAACAGGAUGGCUCACCUGAAAGAAGCAAAGAAAUCUGGGUGACUCCUCCACCACAGAUACCAAAUGAGAAUGAGAAAGUGGUGAAUGAGAGCUGUAAAGCUGGUGGCUCUGAUGGAAAUGAUCUCAGUAUGUCUGAAAGAGCGAAGGUGGACAAGUACUUAGAUUUGGAAGACAUAGACACGGAUGAAGAGACAUGCAGUGCAGGGUCAUUAGUUCUCCCAGGAGAGGUGGAACAGGCAGUGACUUAUUGUACACCCUGUUUUGACAAGCCUAUUCAACUAAUGUUCAGACCCCUGUCAGUUCCACAGCCAUUGGACAGGAAAGCCCAAGAGCUACUAGGGGAUGAUGUUCAACUAUUCUCACUUGAUGAAGAAUUUGAUUAUGACAAUGUGGCACUGACCCCUAAGUUCUCUGAAGCUGAGCUGAAGGCCAUUAUAGAAUUGACUGAAGAGAAGAAAACGGGGACAGAUGUCAAAUCAGCACGAGCUGAAGACUGAGUCAAAGGCAUACUGUGAAGUGCUGUUGAAAUAACGUUUCUAGAAAGCAUUCAUCAAACAGGAGGACAGAUGAGGGGUUCAGAUUUAGCCACCGUGAAAAUCACUGCUCUCAUGAGUUAGAGAAAGUGAACCUCUGGACUUCUGUGAUAGGUUUUUAAAACAGAGGUGACACAGCCUUAUAAUAUAAAGCUUCUUGUAGUCACCAAAAUAUGCUUUUCUUUCUUGAACGCAGACAGAUUUUCAAGCAGAAGCUGCAGCACUACCAAGUGAUUUACAUAUAAAUUAAUCCAUAUUAGACCAUAUGAAUCAUUCACUCCUUCACCAUCCAGUUGGUCUGAUCACCUAAGCCAAAUGAAUAUAUAAUGUUAAUCGUGGUACACAUUCCCUACAUAUCCAUCAGUUUUAAAUCAUUAGGUAGACACUCCCGUUAAUGGGUCUUGUGCCGCAGUUCUGCUAGAGAUGGGUCUAAGUAACAAAGUCCAGUGCUGCAGAUCAAGUUUCCAGUUAUUUGUUAAGAUCAAGAGUGAUACUUAAAUAAGUGAUGUUGCCAAUAUGGCCUGAUGCACGGGAACGCCAGGGAAGGUCUGGACCUUGCUGGCCUCUGCUAUGGACCCCAGGCCAGGGUAGCAAUGCUGAAUGCCCUUCUCGCACAACAUCAGCCAAUAUUCACUGCUUCUGGCUUCUUCUGUAGCAACGGCUGCCUCUAAUUGCUGAUAAAGAAACUGCUCAAUUACUGCCUUGGCACCAGGAACUCAAUUUUCCUGGCAUGCAUUUCCUUCUCUGAAGUGGACCUCUUUAGAUUAAGAAGUGAAGGGUACCAGAGCUACGAGUCUGACAAUUCCUAAACUCACCCAGCUCCUUCUGGGAGUUACAUGUUGCUUUCUAUCACAGAAGACAGUAUUUCAGAAUUAACAAACAAACCAGCCAACCAAACCAGCCCCGAUCAAUCUUGACUAAUUUGCUGCAGCAGACACCAUGUGAAAAAUGCAUAGAAUUAAAGAAGGAGCAUUUCUUUCUUUUUUUUCUCUAUCUCUGGAGUGAAGUUAAAAUGGAAUACAGUCAUUAAAAGGUUAUCUGGUGUAACAACCUAGACAGCAAAAGGCAGAAGAAGAAGGCUAUAUUCUUCUGUGAAUUGUUUUAUGAAGUAUCUCAUGGCUGACAAUCAGUGAACUAAAUCCUUCGACAAGGAGAGAUUUACAAGGACUUAUAUACAGAGACAAAGUGUUUCUACAGACUUCAGGCAGCCCUGGGACCAGGGAUUAGCAGAACUGCACAUAAAUAUGGCUUACAGCUACAGAAUGCCACAACUGGGAGCCUUCAAUAGGAAACUGUGUGUAAACAUGCCUAUAGAAACAGGCUUCACAUACUGCUCAUGAAACGUAUAGGGUUUUAAUAGCUUUACAGACCUUUAGAUUGGAUUUGAAAAGGUACCUUCAUUCAUUAACUCACACUAUGUUAUUUAUGCCCCUAGAAUUUUGCUGUCAGAUAUUUUUUUGUUCAUGGCUAUUUCUAAGUGUCCCACAUGGAAAAUCCCAACCCAUUAUACUCCUGUUUGGAUCAAGGCUGAGUGUUAUUUUCCAUUUAGCACUGUCUUCUUAAGGGGCUGCAUUUUUUUGUUUUGUUUUGUUUUUUUUUUUUUCUUCUUUUAAUGAGUGAUGAGCAUUAGAAGAUGGGUCUGAUAGAAUUUAAAUAUCAUAAGCAGUUAAAUACCAAACACUUGAGGAAUACUUAAUUAAGCAGCAGUACGCAGCAGGCAGUCAGGUUCUGAGCGGCUAUCACAUUCCUGGGAUGGUACCAUGCUGGAAAAGCAUGUCUGAUUACCUUUAUUAACCACCUCACAGGGGUAGUAAUUAACUACUGCAGAAAUUUACUGUCUAAAAAGCACAUUGUUAUCAAUGAAACAAAUGCAAAUUUUCACAACACUGCACUUAAUGGGCAUUACUGCCACACACAAAGCAGUACUGGCAAAUCAUUUUGCACCCCCUUUGUGUUCAGGUAAUAUUAAAACUGCUACAUAAUACUGAUUUUAAGCAGGAUUCAGCCAGAUAACUAAGUGGAGUAGAGAUUGCUGCUACCUGUGUAGUGUUGCUAAUCUGUGACUAGCAUCCUUUGAUAAAUGAAACUGGUGAAUCUUCAGUCUGGUCUUUAGAGGCUGUGCCUACAUCCACCCUGUGAGAACCUAUUCUUAUCCCAUGACCAAACUCUGACAUUAUCUGCCAAAACUGCAGCCACUGUGGAUUGGAUGUGGCUAUGCAUAUCAUUACAAUGAGAAAUUAAUUCAAGAAUCACCAUGUCAGGGCAGCAUGAUUGGGGUCUGAUGUAUUGAUGAAAGUACUGAAUUUCCUUUCUGAGCAAAGGAAACUAUCAGCCCCCAAGAAUUAAUGGUCACUUUAGUCAUCACAUCCUCCAUCACAUUCUGGGGCUCCUAACCCCAUGUGUUCAACAAGGGACAAGUUGCUUUCCACAUAAUUAAAUCCUCGCUAGAAGCAAGGAAAGAUACAUGCCAGUGUAUCACACGUGCUGAUUAAAAACAU